AUGCUACAAGCGUGCGAAGUUUGUGUUCUUGCUAUUGCUCUCUAUUUCUCUGCAGUAGCAGAUGCACAAUGUGGCCAAUCGAAUUCGACGGGGGCCAGGAUUGUUGGAGGAAGAAAUGCGACACCAGGGGAGUUCCCUUGGCAGGUCUCUAUUCAAAUGAAGAGAGGUAAUUUCCAUUUCUGUGGCGGGUCCAUCAUUGAACCAGAUAUAAUUGUAACGGCAGCACACUGCAUGGAACGCCCCAAUCCUUCGGACAUUCGAAUCCAGGCUGGUUUCAUCGACUUGAAAAACCCAGGGCCGUCAGUGCAGCAGCGAGAUGUGGCGCAGAUAAAGGUGCACGAGGACUACGAUCCUGUUGUAAACGACAUCGCCCUAAUAAGGUUGACUGAGCCGUUCGACUUCGCCGCUGCUGACGGUCUCAUCGGUCCAGUCUGUUUGCCGAGCAAGGGCUAUAACAUACAAGGCAACAUGGUGGCGACAGGAUGGGGCACUACCCUUCCUGGUGGACGCUCUUCUUCUGUUCUCUUGGCUGUUUCGGUUCCGGUUCGACAAGAUACAACAUGCUCCAUGGGGACCUUCUGGUCAUACGAAAAGGACAGCAUGGUAUGCGCCGGAGAAUUCACUAAAGACUCCUGUCAGGGGGAUUCUGGCGGACCUGCUGUGCAGACGCAGAACGGACAAACAGUGCUAACCGGAAUCGUGUCAUACGGUGUGUCCUGUGGCGUCUUCCCUGGUGUUUACACGAGAGUGCCGUCCUAUGUUGACUGGAUAUCGAGCAACAUCGCAUCGUUGAGGAGGGAUCCUAGCAUGUUCAAGGUAAUUGCCGGGACACUACGCAAGAAGCCUCCACUUGACGAGACAGCACAAACAAGGCAGGCCGUCGCCUCUGUAGUACACGAAGACUACGUGGGCAGAGGACGACUCAGCAACGAUAUCGCCAUACUGAAAGUGGAUCCCCCAUUCGACUUCGAAGGUUCUAACGGUUACAUCGGACCCGUCUGCCUUCCUCCUGAUGAUCUCUGCAUUGAAAAACUCACUGUCAUUUCAGGAUAUGGGUCCGUUCGUGCUGGUGGGCCCACUCCAGAUGAGCUCCUCACGGCUUCAGUUCCUGUCAUCUCUGACGAGGAAUGCGAGAAGAUAUACAAAGAAGCAUUUAACAACGUGGGACAACCCAACGCGUUCGACGAUGAAACGAUGUACUGUGCCGCCGAAAGGGGAGCCAAAGAUUCAUGCCAGGGAGAUUCCGGAGGACCAGCAGUACAGAGACUGAAUGGUGCGGCCAUCCUCACGGGAGUCGUAUCUUGGGGAAUUGGAUGCGCCCACGAGAAAUAUCCUGGAGUUUACACAGAGGUUCCCCUUUACGUCGAUUGGAUCCGUGAGCAUGCCAACGUAACGAACCCAUCUACCACAACGACGACGGAACCUGCAUCAAGCAGCGACAGCAACUAG